ACAAUGCCGCUGUCACUGGACUAUUAAACACUCGUGUUCCGCGCGGUGAAGAAGACGGAUGAAAUAAUCAGACACAACACACACUCGGCCACUGAAUCACACACAUACGCAGUCGUUCUUUGCAUACAUACGCAAGAAAAUAGCUAAGUGUUUUCUUUUGCACCCACGUACACGUACUUACCAGAAGACACCAGUAGCAGCAGUAGAAGCGCAGUGCAGGACACAGCGCAAGACGUACCCGUCUAGAGACCACCCACGAUUAGAAAUCCACGGCACCAGACGUAUGUCCCCGAUCCAAGCCGCCGCGAUGAAGCAAACCCUCCGCUCCACCAGCAGCACUAACAGCAGCAGCAAGAACAUCGUUGCUACGUCCAAGUCCUCAAAGCCCGACACCACGUCCAAAGGCUCCAGCUCUUCGCGCACUCGUUCCCCCACCCGCGCUCGCCGCCUCGAGGACCAGUCGUCCCAUGCUGCGGCCACCCACGCCGCUCGCAAUGCCUACACCAGCACGGCAGUGGAGGUUAAAGAGAGGGAGCACAGGGUGAGGGAGAAAGGUAGGAGCAAGGAAGGGGAGAGCCUGGGGAAGGGAACGAUGCGGAAGGAGGCCCACCGUGCAGGAGAGAGCUUGUACGGCGAAGAGGCGCGCAAGAGAUACGCGCAGAGGGAGAAGAGCAGCGACGUGUUCAAGGGCGAAUUCAGAGAGGCCAAGGGCGACGUCGAGGUGUUGGUGAAUGCGGCCAAGAACUGGGCGGCCAAGAAGCAGGGACACGAGGAGAGCAAGAAAAAGGAGGAGCUGAAGAGCACGAUUUCCCGGCCCACGGUCGAAGUGCCGCAGAAGAAGAAGACGAGCUUCGAUGUUCCGCGCACCGGCGGCAUUCUUGGCCGCAGCCUCAGCAGAAAGGACAAAGACGGCAAGACGCCCACGACGGCCAAGUCCGCCAUAGACAACUUCAUGCGCCGGCUGCAGCCGGAUCCGCGCCGUGACUCGGACGCCAGCUUCGGCUGCGUGGGCAUCACGGACUCUCAAGUCGAGCUCGCGCAGCCCCUCUUACAGGCCGCUGCGGUGGAGCGCACGCUCGCGUCACAGGAUUUCCGGCGGCCGAUCACGCCGCCGGAGCUGAAGAGGGAGCUCUUUGGGCGGAAGAAGAAGCACGAGACGGUGGAGAUGGCGAAGCCGUUGAAUGUGCGCAAGGUUACCCCGGUUGCUGACGAGCAGAUUGCGGCCAGAGCUGUUAGCAGGGGCGGUAAGAAGUACGACUCGGUCCUUUCCAACAUGACCGGGCAGACGGAUGUGUCGUCUCUCCGGGCGAGUUAUGAGGCGCCACCCCCGCCUCCGCCAAAGGACUCGCGCUCGGUUGACAAGCACCGCAAGAACUUGAGGACUAGCGAUUGGAUCUAGGAGCGUGAGAUGCAGGGCGUC